CUGGACGACUGCGUCAUGCAUUUUUUUGGCACCAGCCUAAUCUGCAGUCGAUCUAGAACCUCUGAUAUGGCUAGCUGUAGGCAAUUGUGGCGUGCCUUGAAGCGCACUCUGGGAUUAGGACGACGCCAGCUGAGUGUGGGCGAGCACCAAGUGGUGCUGGUGACAGGUUGUGAUUCAGGAUUGGGCCAUUCACUGGCGGUUUAUUGUCACCAAGCACUCAAUAUGACGGUCAUCUCCUGCUGUCACAAUCUGCAAUCCCAAGGAGCUCAAUUGCUGCAGCAGCUGAACACCGAGAAUGGAGCACGGCAGCAACGCAUGCUUACCUGGCAACUGGAUCUGCUGAAACCCGAGUCCAUCGAACAGUUGCAAACGAAGCUGCAACAGUUGCUGCACAACAGCAAUUAUCAGUUGAUGGCGUUGGUCAACAAUGCGGGAGUAAUGUGCUUCGGUGAAUUCGAAUGGCAGUUGCCAUCGCAGAUUGAGCUGCAGAUCAAUUGCAAUCUGCUGGGCACAAUGCGUCUAACCCGACAACUAUUGCCACUACUCCGGCAACAUCGUGGACGCAUCAUCAACGUGACCAGCCACUGUGGACUGCAUGCGUUGCCUGCUCUGGCGCCUUAUGCCGCCUCCAAGGCAGCGCUGCGUGGCUGGACGGAUGCGUUGCGCAUUGAGCUGCAGCAAUACGACAUGGAAGUGGUCAACUUUAUACCCGGUUCCUUUGUAAUGGACAGCAAUAUUGCUGCACGCCAGCAACAGCAUGCGCAGCAAAUGCUCGAAGCCUUCAGCGAGGAACAGUUGUCAUACUACGGCACAUACUUCACCAAGUUCAACGAGUAUCUGAGCAUGUUGUCGGGCUUCAAGGCACCCAACAAGCUGCGGGACAACGAGUUGCUGUCAAAGUUUAAAGAUGCUCUCACCAACACGCAACCAGCUGCAAUCUAUAUACACGAACCAUGGCGCUAUAGAAUCUAUCGCUGGCUGUUCGGCAUCUGUCCAACGCCUCUAACGGAUUGGUUGGUUGUGCGUUUCUGUGCGAUGCCCACUUAUGAAUCAACAAGGCGUUGAGUUAUUGUUG